CACCCCAUUCCUUAGUACUGACAGCCCAUUAACUUUUUUUUAUUUUUCUCCAUUGACGUGAUUGAAAUAUCCAGGUCAAAGCUUUUCUCCUAUGAUGAUGUUGUGGAGAGAGUUGCUCGCCAACUUGGCUUGGAUGAUCCAACAAAAAUUAGGCUUACUUCUCACAAAUGUUACUGUCAACAGCCUAAGCCCCAAACCAUCAAGUUCUGGGGUGUAGAACAUCUAUCUAAUAUGUUGGUCCACUACAACCAGACUUCCGAUAUCCUGUAUUAUGAAGUGUUGGACAUUCCUUUGCCAGAAUUGCAAGGCUUGAAAACUCUGAAAGUUGCUUUCCAUCACUCCACUAAAGAUGAGGUGGUUAUUCACACUAUUAGAUUGCCCAAACAGAGUAUUGUAGGGGAUGUAAUCAACGACUUGAAAACCAAGGUUAAUUUCUGCAACUGUUUAUGCACUUCUAUUCGAUGUGAUCAUCGUCAUCUUCAAGGUUUCCUUAAUGCAUGAGCCUAUUA